AUGACACAAAAAUUAAUUUUGAGUGAAAAGUUCGAGAUUAAGGCUUUAUUAGAAAUUGGCUGGAAACAAAAAAAAAUUGCAAAAAAGUUCUUGAUAAGCCAAUCGACAGUUUUCAAAAUAAAGAAAAAAACUAAUGAAACAGAACAAUUAGAAAGAAAAUCUGGUUCUAGUAGGCUUCAUUAA